UUCCGUAUUCACAGAGAAUAAAACCCACAUCCACAAUACGACAACUUUUCCCAAACCCUAAUUCUCUCUCUAAAAACCUUCUCUCUCUACAUUGAUGUACAUACAGAUUUAUGCAUACAUCAUACAUGCAAACUUAUCAGUCCUGAUUAUUGCCUCCCCCCCUCUCUCUCUCUCUGCACCGGAUUCAAAGUACAACUACAAGUAUCAUUCCAGUCGCCAUUUCAAUUUCUCCAUUGCUGUUAUCUAUAGAUUCAAAUAUCAAUUCUGUUUAUCUUCACGAUUAUUAUAGCUACAGUAACAUUCAUCGUCGGAAUUUAGCUCCGAUUUACAGUAGUUCCGAUCCGUACAACAAUCCGUACAUGCUACAUCUGUAUUUUCCGGCGAAACUUUAGGUUCCGAUGACUUUAACGUCCGUCGUUCAUGAUUCAACGAAGAGCAACUUGCCGUUCACGCAAAGGAUUGUAGCGGUUACGGUCACGUGUUCGGUGUUGCUAGUGGCGGUUAUGUUCGUUACAGGUAUUUUAGUUGAUCAUAUCACUACAAUUUCUGUUGCACAGAGUACAACUUACAACAGUACCAUAUUUUCUGGUCUGCAUCGCAAGCUUCUUCACAGUCAAGCAACACAAGUGCACCCAAACCGAAUAUGGGGAGACAAAUGUUCAAACUCCGACAUUAUCAUCAACCAAGGUCCAACUGACCCCCUCCCUAGCGGCAUACCCACCUACACCGUCGAGAUCAUGAACGUAUGCACCACCGGCUGCGACAUCUCCUCCAUCCACCUAACCUGCGGUUGGUUCAGCUCGGCCAGACUCAUCAACCCUCGAGUGUUUAAACGCCUACGUUACAACGACUGUCUUGUUAACAACGGUAACCGACUAGCUAACGGUCACACCAUCUCGUUUCAAUAUGCCAACACGUUCCGUUACCCUCUCUCCGUUUCCUCCGUUAGAUGUUGAAAAAGUUACAAUCUAUAGUUUAGUAACUACUAUCCUUUGAGUACUAUUUUUGUACAAGGAAAGUACAAGUGGAGCAGACUGUAGAGUGGGUUUUUUAAGGCGUCAGAUGCUGCUUGUGUCGUUUUCAUGAUGGCAAGGUCAAAAGUGAUCGUGACUAUUACAUUGAAAAUGAAACCUAACACGAAAGGGUAUAGAUGUAAUUUUUUGUUUGUAUGUAGAGAGGGACUUGAUUUUGUACAUGAGAUGAUUAGAGGUGAAAAUUUUGUAGCUAUAAUUCAAAACCAUUGGUGUC